AUGAAAAUUUUAAAAAUACAGUUUUGGGGAUCAUUCCUCUUACUUAUCCAGACAUCAAACAAGUCCUCUGAUGUUCAUGGUUUUUUAGGUAGCAGUAAAUUAUCAAAUAUAAGCGCAACAACCUUUAAAACUGCAACACAAUCGACAUCAACUUUAAAAUCAUAUAUAUCAGUAAAUAACUUUGUUUUAAAUAGCUCAAGCGCAAAUACUACAACUACUUCACCAGUUUCAUCUACCAAACAAUCCAAUCAAAUCAGCACCAAUUUAAAUAAUAACAAUAAUAGCAAUGGAAUCAUUCGUAAUAUAAGAGGUUCUAGUUUUGGUUUAAUAGAGAUGCUUACUGUAUUUUUAGAUAAUGAAAAUAGAAUUACUUGUUAA